AUGAAGAUAGAAACUCUUCGCGAGAUAUCCUCUCGCAACCUGCGAACAUUUCGAAAUCACCCUGUCUCCGAGAUCUCCGGCUCUCUUGGCGAUCUGGGUACCUUUCUCCCAAUCGCCAUAGCCCUGGCCGUCAACGGGACCGUCUCACUGUCCAGCACCUUGAUAUUCUCCGGCAUCUUCAACAUCCUGACUGGUCUGUUUUUCGGGAUCCCACUGCCCGUGCAGCCCAUGAAGGCGAUUGCCGCGGUCGCCAUCGCCCGAUCCUUCAGCAACGGGACCAUCGCUGCCGCGGGGAUCUUCGUAGGCGCAUGCAUCCUGCUCUUCAGUGUGACGGGUCUACUUCGCUGGUUUGCCGAUGUGAUCCCCAUCCCGGUCAUCAAGGGGAUCCAAGUCGGCGCGGGAUUGUCCCUGGUCAUCGCCUCGGCGGGGAAGACCCUCGCACCGCUGGGGUGGAUCCACCCUUCGUGGGCGGACAAUCGUCUGUGGGCUGUUGCGGCGUUUAUUUUCCUGCUAUUCACGAACGUCUAUCGCAACGUGCCUUAUGCGCUACUUGUGUUCGCCCUGGGACUGACCUUCGCCCUCGUUCAGUCGGCUCUGGCGGCGAGUCUGCCGUCGCUGGAGAUCUGGCGUCCGUUCGUUGUGAUCCCAGGGCUGCCGGAGUGGAAGGUUGGCGCGCUGGAUGCGGGAGUGGGUCAGAUCCCGCUGACCACACUCAACUCGAUUGUGGCGGUCGUGCAUCUGGCGGGUGAUCUUUUGCCACGGGUGAAGACGCCGUCCAUCACGGCCGUCGGGUUGAGUGUGGCUGGGAUGAAUCUAGUUGGGUGCUGGUUCGGGGCGAUGCCGGUCUGCCAUGGCUCCGGUGGAUUAGCGGCGCAGUACCGAUUUGGUGCCCGUUCUGGCUCGAGUGUCGUUUUCCUGGGAGUGCUGAAGCUUGUGAUUGGUAUCUUCUUCGGCGAAACCCUGGUCGGCCUGCUGAAGCGGUUUCCUUCCGCGCUGCUUGGUGUGAUGGUCAUCGCCGCAGGCCUGGAGCUGGUCAGCGUCGGCGAGAGUCUCAACACAACUGGAGCCAGGGAUAUCGCCAUGUUUGGACAGGGUCUGACUGGCGAUGGCGAGCAUGAGAUCGGGCCCAUGCUGAGUGAUGUCGAGCGGAAGAGGCGGUGGACCGUCAUGAUGGUUACCGUGGGCUUGCUAGUCGGGUUCAAGAAUGAUGCCAUCGGCUUUGUGGCGGGCAUGCUAUGCCACUGGGUGUUUCAGCUGCCCUGGGCUUUUGAGAGAGCACGAGAGCGGUGGAGCGAGGGAAGAAUUAGGGUAUAG